AUGAUCUCAAUAUCAAUACUUAUGAUAAUUUUUUAUAAAUUAAAUACAAUUAAAGGAGAAUAUCAGGAAAAUUCUGUUAUUGGUGUUCCAAAAGUUGUAUGUGAAGAUAAUGAUGUAUCAUUAGAUAUUAUUACAUCAAAACCAUUUAUUGGAAAUAUUUUUGUAAAAGGCCAUGCUAAAGAUGAUGCUUGUAAACAGAGUUACUCUUCAAAUGGGACAAGUCUUUAUUCAUUACCACUUGGUGAAUGUGGAAUGCAAAGAUUAAGGACAGCUAAUCCAAAAGGUAUAAGUUUUUCUGUAACAAUUAUUGUAUCAUUUCAUCCAUCUGGUUUUAUAACAAAAAAUGACAAAGCAUACAGAAUUAGAUGUUUUUAUAUGGAACCAGAAGAAAUUGUAACAAAUUCAAUUGAGGUAUCAUCUCUAACUACCUCAGAGAUUCAGGAUGAAAUGCCAAUGCCUGUUUGUGAUUAUUCAGUAAGAAAAAAUUCUGUUGAUGGACCAUUAUUAACAUAUGGUAAUGUUGGUGAUAUUGCAUAUCAUGUUUGGGAAUGUAAGGGUACCUCAAAUAUAGGAAUGCUUAUAAAAAAAUGUUAUGUAGCAGAUGGUGAUGGUGAUAAUCAUUCUAUAAUUGAUGUUAAUGGUUGUACAACUGAUAAAUUUUUAUUAUCAGAAGUUACAUAUAAUAAAAAUCUUAUGAAAGCUUAUGCCACAAGUUCUAUAUUUAAAUAUGCUGAUUCAAAUCAACUAUAUUUUACAUGUCAAAUAAGGUUAUGUCAAAAACAAAUGGGUCUCUGUGAGGGAGUUACACCACCAACAUGUUCAACAACAAAAGAAUUUACAAGUAAUAAAAAAAAAAUUGAAGAAGAUAAUAAUGAUACAUCAAUAACUUCAAAAGUCAAAAGUACAGAAAAAAGAAGUGAACUUGUAACAUCAAGUAAUGGUUUAUUGGUAUUAAAAUCAGGAAAAAAUAAACGUGAAGUAGAAAAAGUUAUUGAAAAUAGGAAUUUAAUGGAAAUUGAUGUUGCUUCACCUGAAUUAUUAGUCCUUGAUCAAGGUGAAGCAGUAAGUUUUACCCAUCGAGAUAAUUAUUGUAUUCCAAACAUUUUAUUACUAUUAAUACCAAUAUCAUUAAUAGUAAUAAUUUUUCUAACAUCUAUAUUAACAUUAAUGAUAUCAAAUGUUGUAACAAAAAAAAAUAUCUGUAAUGGAAUUUGUGUAUAA